AAAGAGUAAGAAAGAAAAGUUUGAAUCAAUUCAAAGUAUUCACAGUGCGGUGAAUAACAUAACAGAGAGAGGAAGGAGAUAGAGAGAAGAAGAAUAACAUAACAGAAACUCAAAAAAAAAAAAAACAAUGGCGAGUUUUAGGGUUUUGUGACCAAAAACAGCAGUAACGGUCUACAAUGGAAAUGCCUGCUAGAAGAUCCAACUACUCGCUUCUCAGUCAAAUUCCCGACGACCAGUUUGCCGGCGCCGCCGCUCCGUCGUCUUCGGGUGACGGAAAAACCAACCGAGGCGGCAAGUCCGACAGAUGCUUCGAUUGGGACCUAGUCGCCGAUCACAGAGCUACUCAGCAGGGGAACAAUCGGAUCGGGAAUUUGUACUCUUCGAUCGGGUUGCAGAGGCAGUCCAGCGGGAGCAGCUACGGCGAAAGCUCGCUCUCCGGCGGCGGCGAGUAUUAUGCUCCGACGCUGUCUACGGCGGCGGCGAGUGAGGUCGAUGCCUUUGGAUACAUGCAUGACGAGGGAUUCAAGAUUGGCGAGGUUAAGAACAAGUUUACGGAUGCUCCGACGUGGACCGGCGGGUCCUCCGGGAAGAGCUGGGCGCAGCAGACGGAGGAGAGUUACCAGUUGCAGCUCGCUCUGGCGCUGCGGCUUUCGUCGGAUGCGACAUGCGCCGAUGAUCCCAAUUUCCUUGAUCCGAUGCCGGAUGAAUCCGCUCUGAGGCUGUCGUCGUCGAGUUCGGCGGAGGCGGUGUCUCAUAGAUUCUGGGUGAAUGGCUGCCUAUCAUACUCAGACAAAAUUCCCGAUGGCUUUUACCUAAUUCAUGGGAUGGAUUCCUAUGUCUGGACUGUGUGCACUGAUCUGCAGGAAAAUGGCCGAAUUCCAUCAGUUGAUACACUAAAGUCUGUGAAUCCCUCCAUUGAUUCUUCACUUGAAAUAGUUUUGGUGAAUCGACACAGUGACCCCAGCUUAAGAGAACUGCAAAACAAAGUUCAUAGCAUUUCUUGUAGCAGCAUAACGACAACAGAGGUUGUAGAUCAACUUUCCAAGCUGGUUUGCAACCGUAUGGGGGGUUCAGCUUCUGUUGGGGAAGAUGAAUUUGUUUCCAUCUGGAGAGAUUGCAGUAAUGACCUGAAAGAUUGCUUAGGGUCUGUUGUUGUUCCCAUAGGUAGUCUAUCCGUUGGCCUCUGCAGGCAUCGUGCUAUAUUAUUUAAAGUACUAGCCGACACCAUUGAUUUACCCUGUCGAAUUGCAAAAGGUUGUAAAUAUUGCAAAAGGGAUGAUGCUUCAUCUUGUCUUGUUCGAUUUGGGCUUGAUAGGGAAUAUCUUGUCGAUUUAAUUGGGAAGCCAGGUCACUUAUGCGAGCCUGAUUCCUUGGUCAAUGGUCCAUCUUCUAUCUCAUUUUCUUCACCCUUGCGCUUUCCAAGCCUUAAACCAGCUGAACCUACCAUUGAUUUUGGGUCACUGGCCAGACAGUAUUUCUCAGAAUGUCUGUCUCUUGAGCUUGUCUUUGACAACAGUGCUGCAGGAUUCUCCAUUUCAGAACAGUUUGAUGGGAAGUGCAAGGACAGGAAUAACCCUAGGCCAACUUCUAGUGACAGCAGCAGAAGUUCUCAGCUUCCUGUGCAUCCACAAGUUUCUCAUCCAAGCGCCCAUGAUCAAAGUUCUGAAACAUAUAAAGCAUGUUACCCUCCUCAGAACACUGUAGACUCAACAAAGGUGGGCAAGUAUCCACCGCCUUUAAAGCAUAAGCGUCCUGUUGGUUUACAAACCCAAUUAGCACUAACAAAUUCCAAUGAUGACAUUAUCAAGAGUGGGAGGUUUGUUGAAGGAAACCAACUGAUUCCUAGCAAACCUACUCGAGAGCUUACCUUUGACAUGGAAGAUUUGGACAUACCGUGGUGUGACCUUGUUUUAAAAGAGAAAAUAGGAUCAGGUUCUUUUGGAACUGUACAUCGUGCUGAGUGGAAUGGCUCGGAUGUUGCUGUGAAAAUUUUGAUGGAACAAGAUUUUCAUGCUGAACGCUUCAAGGAAUUCCUGAGGGAGGUUGCAAUAAUGAAACGUUUGCGGCAUCCAAACAUCGUUUUGUUGAUGGGGGCUGUCACUCAGCCUCCUAACUUAUCAAUUGUCACAGAAUAUUUAUCAAGGGGUAGCUUAUAUAGGCUGUUGCAUAAACCUGGUGCUAAAGAGCAGUUGGAUGAGAGGCGUAGGCUUGGUAUGGCUUACGAUGUGGCAAAGGGGAUGAAUUAUCUUCAUAAACGUAAUCCUCCCAUUGUUCAUAGAGAUCUGAAAUCUCCAAACCUUCUUGUUGACAAGAAAUUUACAGUGAAGGUUUGUGAUUUUGGGCUUUCCCGUCUAAAGGCCAAUACAUUUCUCUCAUCCAAGUCAGCUGCUGGGACUCCUGAGUGGAUGGCUCCAGAAGUUCUUCGUGAUGAGCCAUCGAAUGAGAAAUCUGAUGUUUACAGUUUUGGUGUAAUCUUGUGGGAGCUUUCAACACUGCAACAGCCAUGGGGUAAUUUGAAUCCAGCACAGGUUGUGGCAGCUGUUGGCUUUAAGGGAAAAAGGCUUGAGAUCCCACGUGAUUUAAAUCCUCAAGUAGCUGCAAUAAUUGAGGCUUGCUGGGCCAACGAGCCCUGGAAACGCCCUUCUUUUUUGAGUAUUAUGGAUUCUUUGAGGCCAUUGCUCAAAACUCCUACACCUCAACCUGGUCAUCCAAACAUGCAAUUACUCACCUGAAUGGUUGGAACGCCAAGUUGUUAAUCAUGCACAUACCACAGGAUUUUAUUGGUUUUGAUGCCUAACAGGAUUCCACUGUUUUAGUUGUCCUAGAGUCGAGUUGUAUAUUUCUUUUCUAAUUCAGAUUUUAAGAAUACUGAUUCCCAACGCAAAGCAAGAAUGCUCCAUCUUUGUUCCAACAAAAUUGUUUGAUUAGAUGAUCUUGUAAUUUCACUAAGAAAUGUUUAAUCUUUUUUCUUCCAUAAUUUUGUAUGUAAAAAUUAUUCACAUUGUAAUUACGUUCAGUUAAUGAUAAGCAGCAUUGCCAGCGG